AUGGAAAGAGAACAGAAGGAAGAGGAAGGAGAAUCAUCGAAGCGUGCAAUCAAUAUCGGCACAACUGUGAAAGCAAAUGUAUUUGAAUACUUACCUUUAACAGCCCUACGAAACAACUAUAAAGAUACGUACAAUAUCUCCAUUAGUCGUUUUCCGGGUCAUCCACCAAUCCCAUCGAUUUAUUAUAUGUGGCACAGUCAACUGCGUAGUGAGGAGCUUCGUCAAAAGUACAUAGCUGCAUCCGGUAUUGACUACAAAUGGACAUUCAGAAUGCGUCACGAUGCAGUCUAUUAUACUAACUGGUGGCAGCGAGCUUUUAAUAUACAAGUUUAUAAUUCUUCGAAUCCCAUAAACCAACUCAUGAAAGAGGAUGUUGCUAGCGAUUGGGGCAUUCGUCCUACCCUUCUGUAUGACAUGAUCUAUGAACCGAGACUUCGAGUAGAUAAUAUACUUUAUGUUCCUUUUGGCUGGUCUUAUGGUGGUUAUAAUGAUCAGUUUGCUGCGAUGUCCUCCAUGAAUGCUAAGCACUAUUUUACUCGUAUAUUACAUAUACGUCGCAUGCUGAAUGAAGAGAAAGUUCAUCCCGAAACUUCAAUACGUUUGGUAGCCCGUUGGAAUAAUAUGACCGUAAAUAAUGUCGAUGGUACUAUUUGUUAUGAGAUAGUGCGUUCAUCUCUAGAGCCUAGUCUACAACUCAUGCAAAGUGAUCGAAGAUACCAGUCUUUUAGUUACAAAGGCAGUGGUAAAGAAGAUUGUAACCUUUUGUGUCCAAUUUUUAAAAAGAUCAACAAUGCUUUGCAUGAAAUGUUUCCUUACGACAGUACACUUAUUAGAAGAGGCAUUAAAAUAGAUGAUGAUAAAAUCAAAUCGUUACUGAUAAAAUAUCUCUUCGUCAUAAAUGUGAACAGAACGCUUCAAAUUCAUUACAAUGACUCAUCGUUCUACUACGUUCACCUAUAUGUUAUUUCAAGGUACGCAAAUGAUCCCUGCUUAAUCACAACAUGGACUGCAGAUCAGACCAAAAAUUACCCACUGCAAUAUUUGCCAUUCAUUUUACGGACACAAAAAAGAAACAAAGUAGAGAUGUACAAAAGAUAUUUGACAUGUGGUGUAUUGGAUAUUAUAUGA